UGGAAGGCACAAAGCCGCUCCCACUGGGAUCCAGUCGCCGGAGCUGCAGAGGUUGGCCGCUGGCUCAGACACUGGGAAGGGCUGGAAGCCGGCGGAAAGGAAGCUGUUUCUGCCUCGGCCAUGGCAAAAAUCAUUCUGAGGCACCGCAUAGAGACUCCGGUGCGGUACCAGGAGCAGUUUGAAGCUCGCGGGUUGGAGGACUGCAGGCUGGAUCACGCCUUGUACGCCCUGCCCGGGCCAAGCAUCGUGGACCUGGGCAAAGCCAGGGCUGCAGAGCUGCGGCCUGCAGCAGGCGCCUCCCGCUUUCAGAUCCUGCUGGAUGUGGUCCAGUUCCUUCCGGAAGACAUCAUCAUCCAGACCUUCGAGGGCUGGCUGCUGAUUAAGGCUCAGCACGGGACCCGGAUGGACGAGCACGGUUUUAUCUCUAGAAGCUUUACCCGACAGUACAAGCUGCCAGAGGGCAUUGAAACCAAAGAUUUGUCCGCCAUCCUCUGCCAUGACGGGAUCUUGGUAGUGGAAGUAAAGGACCCUGUAGGGCCCAAGUGAAGCCUCCGGCUCCUGUCCGCGUGCCUUGAAGAAGAUUCUAGUGCAGCCAGUGGACGGGAGUGCUUGCAUGACCCACGUUUGCAGUGAUGGACUAGGAUUUUUAUGAAGAUUAAAAAAAAUAUUUACACAAGUUCCUGGUAUGUUGAAGUUGUCUU